AAUUGGAAGCAGCUCUCCCAACCAAACCAAACCUCUGAUUGAUGGGCUGAUGAUGCCAGCAACUACUCCUACAAACAGCCCACUCCAUACAACGACUGCUUCGCACACAAACGACUCCACACAAACAAAAUCGCUCGACUUCUGAUCAGCACGCGCGCGCAUGGGGAAGCCCAAGUCGUCGUCGACGACGUCGUGGAGCUCACUGUUCGGCCUCGGCUGCUUCAGCUCCUCCUACGCCGGCCUCUCCGGCGACUCCGGCUCCGGCUCGAGGAACGCCGCGAAGGUAGCCUCCAGCUCCAGGCCGCCCGCGCCGCCGCCGCCGCCGCCGCUGCCGUCGCCGGAGGACCUGUCGCUGUCGCUGGCGGGGUCCGACGUGCUGGCGUUCACGGUGGACGAGCUCCGGGCGGCGACGCGGGACUUCUCGAUGAGCAACUUCGUCGGCGAGGGCGGGUUCGGGCCCGUCUACAAGGGCCGCGUCGACGAGAGGAUCAGGCCGGGCCUCCGGCACCCGCAGGCCGUCGCCGUCAAGCUGCUCGACCUCGAGGGCUCGCAGGGACAUAAAGAAUGGCUGGCUGAAGUCAUUUUCCUUGGGCAAAUGCGGCAUCCACACCUCGUCAAACUGAUCGGCUAUUGCUACCAGGAACAGCACAGGCUUCUUGUCUACGAGUUCAUGGCGAGGGGCAGCUUGGAGAAGCAUCUCUUCAAAAAAUACUCUGCUUCCCUGCCAUGGUCAGCGCGAUUGAAGAUCUCCAUUGGAGCUGCCAAAGGUUUGGCCUUCCUCCACGAAGCUGCAAAACCCGUCAUCUACCGCGAUUUCAAGGCCUCCAACAUCCUACUGGACUCGGACUACACAGCAAAGCUGUCGGAUUUCGGACUAGCAAAGGAUGGGCCUGGCGAAGACGAAACCCAUGUCUCGACCCGAGUCAUGGGCACACAGGGCUAUGCCGCACCCGAGUACAUCAUGACCGGACAUCUGACAACAAAGAGCGACGUGUAUAGCUUCGGCGUUGUACUGCUGGAGCUGCUAACGGGGCGGAAGGCGGUGGACAAGAACAGGCCGCCGCGAGAGCAAAACCUUGUGGAAUGGGCGCGGCCGUGCCUGAACGAUCCUCGCCGGCUCGCCCGCGUGAUGGACCGGAGGCUGGACGGGCAGUACCCUACUCGCGCUGCACAAAAGGCCGCAGCGAUCGCUCACAAGUGCCUGCAUGUGAGCCCUAAAUCCCGGCCCCAGAUGUCAGCCGUUGUGGAGGCCCUGGAGUCACUGCUCGCUCUAGACGACGGCGCUGUAGAACCAUUUGUGUACACGGCGCCGCCGGAGAACAAAUGAACGGUCGGUGAUGUGCAAGGGAACAGAAUGCUCCACAAAAUGAAUCUUGUCUGCAUCAUCAUGGAAAUUAACGGGGGAAAUGAAAGCAAAGGUUUUCUUGCAAAGUUGUAACUAAUAAGUAGAUUAAUGGAGUCUCCUCCCCACAGACUAAUGGUUUCUUGAAGGGCAUCAUGUUUCACUGGCAGCUCAGACUUCGAUUUGGGAUGAAUGAAAAAGUAGUUUUGGGCUA